CCCCCCCCACCACCCCACCCCCUUCGUCCCACCCACUCGCCAACCUCCUGCCACCAUCUCGCCCUCCGCGCUAGGACUGCUUCCUCUGCGGACACGCGCCUCUGUUGUCCUCCAAGUCAGUGAAAAGCUGCGAAGAAGUGAAAACGAGUGACAAAAAAAGAAAAAAAGGACGUCGAAUUGACGAAUUGGCAGCUGUCGCGUGGAGGCGGACAUCCCGGGACGGUUGUUCGAAAGCACGCGUGGUGGCCAACUCCCAGCAGAGUUCGCUCGACUUUGCGGGAAAGCUGGGGAGCCGCGACCUUGCCCUCCUUUCCCUUCGAAAGCGGACGCGACCCACCGCUCCCAAGUCCAAGUCCUCGCUUGUGUCUCCGUCCGGGCAUGUUGGCCUUUUGCCUGCUGGGCGCCGCGUGGCUCGCGGCGUGCCCGAGCCCGAGCCGCGCUCAGAACGAGACGGAACCGAUCGUCCUGGAGGGGAAGUGCCUGGUGGUGUGCGACUCCAACCCGACGUCGGACCCCACGGGCACGGCGCUGGGCAUCUCGGUGCGCUCGGGCAGUGCCAAAGUGGCAUUCUCGGCCGUCCGGAACACCAACCACGAGCCGUCGGAAAUGAGCAACCGGACCAUGGUCAUCUACUUUGAUCGGGUUCUCGUAAACAUCGGGAGGAAUUUUGACGAGGAGAGAAGUAAUUUCAUCGCGCCGCGAAAAGGGAUUUACAGUUUUAACUUCCACGUAGUGAAAGUCUACAACCGCCAAACAAUACAGGUUAGCCUCAUGCACAACGGCUGGCCUGUCAUCUCGGCCUUUGCUGGUGACCAGGAUGUGACCCGCGAGGCAGCCAGCAAUGGCGUUCUGAUCCAGAUGGAGAAGGGGGACCGGGCCUACCUCAAACUGGAGAGAGGAAAUUUGAUGGGAGGCUGGAAAUACUCCACCUUCUCUGGUUUUCUGGUGUUCCCCAUGUAGAGGAGAACAGGGGAAGAGGAGCAGGGGAUGGAAAAGGAGGAGGGGCCGGUUGUUGAUGGAAAGUACACUGAAGAGGUGCCAAGAUGGAGGGACAACGGGUAAGAGAAAAUGGCUUGAAGGAGGUGACGACGGACUUCUGUUCGGGAUGCGGCUGAGGAGUUUAAAAGUGUGGCCAUCGACUUCACGUCCCUUCAUUCUGCAAUCCAUUUAUUCCUCCUAGUGUUGUUCUGUGGAUGGCCAAAACAUUUUUUUGUAACUCUCUGCGCCAUCUUAUACAUAUAAUGUGAGUGUUUUAAAGCCAGUAUACCCCCCUUCUUCCCUUCAUUCCAGCCACAACUUUGAGGAAUGUUUCUUAAACGGCUCAGCCCAUCAACUUUGUUUGGUUUGUUUUGAACUCACGCUUGGUGGUGAAGUUGCUCUUAUUUCUAAGCAAGCGAGGUCACGCCACACCAAAUCUACAUAUAUCGCACCCCUUAUGUUUUGCAUAUACAACGGCGACGAUUGGCUUUGCCUUUUCCACUUCAAGCGCAGAUUUUGUCGGCUGCAUUAAGUCUGAAGUUGUUUUACUGUAACUGUGUUCCCCAGAAGGCUCCGAAUCCACCAACCUGCCGUCAAGCUGCAACUGACAGCAAAACACGUACAAAAUGCCAAGUGAAUAUGGGAGAUGUUAAUCAACCGAAAUGUUUAGUGUAAAUAACGAUAAUAACCACGAUACUGCAACAAGUUUCAAAACUGCUGCAAAUCACGAGGCAGAAGACAUUUUGAAAAGUGCUGUUAUUUUUAUUUUUUUUAAUUUUUAUUUUAUUUACACUACCUCUUUCUUCUAAGGCUGCUCUUUACCCACAGUUUAGCUUUACCUUUAUCCGACCCCCCCCCGGGAUCCCCCCUGUUCCUCCCCCAUGAGCGUCUCCAUCUCAUCCCCCUCCCAACCUCCCCACGUGUACGUUUAUCUGCUGCUGUAAUCGUUUGCCUCCGAGCACGGACUAAUCCUUGCUUUACUUCAACGUCAGACGUGGGAAUUUCGGACUCUCGAAAGCAACAAUAUACAUAUGUGAUAUUAUCUAGAAGAUCCAAGCCACUGUUUCUACUGCUCCUAUGGUGAUGAUGAUGAUGAUGAUAACAAUAAUACUCAUACCUUAAAGCGAAUCUGGCUGAUGACUAUGUCUGUAUAUUCUAUAUUUCAGUGUCAUAUGAAAGAAAAAUAUUAUAAGGGAAUCUUCUAGUGACUUUGUGUGGAAAACUGGGCUGCUGUUCUGCUCUUCUGGUUCAAAGAAAAAUUGCUUCUUUUUUUUUUUUUUUUUUUUAAUUUCAAACAGGUUUUGACUAUAAAUCUCAGAUAGUACAUACAAGAUACAUGCUAUUACCAGAAGCUAAAACAUUAUUCUUAUUAUUAUCUUGGCUGUAAAUUACAUGUGAAUAUUUAGACCUUAAAAAUGAUUUCUUUGAUUUGAUCACUCAACCAAAUGGAUUUAUUAUCAACUGUUUUGUUAUUUUCUUUGCUCUGAAAUCAAUAAAAUUUAGAUGUAAUUUUAUUUUUCUUUAACCUA